AAAAAUUUUUUUAUUAAUUUCAGGCCAAUUCAUGUGGCAGUAGUUCAAGAAAAUUUAAAGCUUGUGCAAAAGCUGUGCGCCAUCAUGCUGAAAGCCACAAUAUCCAUUGAUCUUACUAACUACUUACGCCAGACACCUCUUCAUUUAGCCGUCAUGUUAGGCAACAUAGAAAUGGUAAAAUUAUUGUUAAAAUGUGGUUCAUCCCUUACAAUGAAGGAUAGAAACGGAAAUUCUGUUAUCCACUUAGCAGUGAAAACGGAAGCAAAAAAAGACGUCCUGUGCCUAAUUCUGUCUCAUCCACAAGCAAACUCCAUACUUAAUUCUAUGGACCAUGAAGGCUAUACUCCUUUACAUUAUGCUGUUCUUAAAGGCAACAAGAUAGCUAUUUCCUGCCUAUAUCGCAGUGGGGCCGAUAUGAAUAUAACGGUAUGUAUUUCAUUGUUAAUCCUUUAUUUUUAAACUGAUUUUUAAUUAUGAUUACUGAUUCAUUCUGAUAGAAUUAAUUCUCAUUGAAUUGAAUAAGUCUCACUUUUUUUAUGCUCUCUUUGAAUUCGAUUGAAAAGACAGUAACUCUAGUUAGUUAGACAGUCUUAGCUUGUAAUUUGCAGAUAUUGCUUGAAACCUAUUAGGUCAUUCAGCACAGAGCUCCAGUAGAAAUUUAAGAGUUUUAACAGGUCGAAAUUUCAAUUGAAGAUU